CUCAAGGCUUCUCUGUCAAAUGACACUUCCUGCUCUCUGCUACUGCGGGUAUUUGAAAGAUCCAUAGAUUAUUGGAUUUACUCGUAUUUUCACCAUGGACAACAUGCAAUGUGUAGCUACAGCUUUCAAUAACAGCGUUCGCCUGAAUACAGCUGCUGGUAUCGACACAGCCUUGUCUUCUGUGGCAAAAGCAGUCUGGUUGAAGCCGAGUGGGAAGGAUUAUUUUGAAAAUGUUUCAGUCUGCCGUGAAUCAUCAAUCCAUACACGGCAUAAUAAGAACCUGCUCUCCACCACCAGUACAAGGAGAUGAACAAUGUGGUGAACAAGCAGUACUUUGGGUGUAUUGUAAUCAGGUUUCAGCUGCAGUUCAACGCUGAUGUCCUUCCUCCCAGAGAUGUGCAAGCAUCACCUGGACUGGACAAAAUACAGCAAACAUUUGAAAAGAUCAGGACUUUUGCAAUGAAAAGGCCAUCGACAUUACAUGGACAUUAAUAUACUCGCAGGCUAGAUUCCUUUGUUUACAUCAUAUCAUAGCAUGACCUGAACCAAAGUCACACAAAGGAUCUCAUGAUAUAGGCCUAGGUCUAUAUAGUGUUUUUACUUUAGUGUUUGUGUUUUUCAUUUUUCCUAAUUGUAGGCUACAAUCUUUAGCACUAGACUAACUAGCACUAAUCUGAAUCUUUUAUUUUUUAAGCACUACCUUACUGCUUUAGCACAUGAACGGCAGUCACGUGUUCACAUGUGAAUUCUUUAAGAGAUCUGAAGAGGGUCUAAUGCUUAAGAGCGUGAACGAUGCUAAAUGGGCAUAAACAAAGUGCACUAAACUACCUAACCUAUUCCAUAACACCUCCCCCAACAAGAAAAUAAAAUAAUAAACGUCACAGUCAUAUAUCUAUUUUUCUUAAUUUUCAUAAAACCUCCUUACCUGAAGAGACAAUAUGUCCAACAUAAACACUAAAGCUGCAGUUACACAACCUGACUACAGAAACCCUCUACUCUGAGAUAAGGUCAUUCUCAAAACCGGAAACCAGUCAAAACCCCAAACCAUCAAAUUCUCUGCUCUGCGCUCAGGUAAUUUCUUCCUGCCAAAAGUAUCUAACUUUAUCAAACCAAGGGAUAGCCUGUAAUCCCUCUGGUUUUAAACUGAGAGAACAAGUCCAUUCACUCGUCCUAAGGACAAGCACCAUCUGAUGUAGUCAGCGAUGUGAGACUUGGAACAACCAUCACCUGAGACAAGUGAACAUCAACCGCAACUGUAGCAAACUCACUAGGAACACAAUACAUGUUCCCCAAAGCCAUUUCCUCCAGCCCUGAGCACUCACUGGAGGGUAACUGUUAUCCUUAUCACAUUCCACUCCACCUUAACAGGAGACACACUAGGUCAACAUACUGCAGGAACUGUCAACUGCUCUUCAAGAACCGGAAAUGACAAAAAUCGCUGGAUCUGGCUCAGGGAUGGGCAACUCGGGGGCCUGAUUGGUGUCACAGUUUUGCCUCAGCUCCAGCUAACACACCUGACUCCAAUAAUCAAGUAAUAAUGAUCUUCAGUUUAGAAUGGAAUAUGUUAAAUCAACUGUGUUUGCUAGGGAUGGGGGAAAAGUGUGACACCACUCCGGCAACCCUGAUCUGGAUUUUCCACCAAACUCACUUCUUCAAGUUCCUGAUUCUCAUCACAAGACACAGCCGUGUCACUCGUAAAACUCAGACCGGGCGUCUCCCAGUGAAUCCUCACUAACCUGAACUCAUGACUGGGAAAAAUCUCCUCCCUUUUAUAGCUCAAUUAGAAAUGUGUCAGCUAAAUCAAAACCUGACACCCAAACAACAAUAGCGCAGGAGUGGGUGGCUAACUUCUGGACAUCAGAACAGCGGUUACUUACCUCGAACUGGAAGAAGCUUUUUCCUUUAACGAGUCCGAGUAUGACGCAAAGGACAUACUGCUUUACCAGGAACAGGCCCAAAUCCCCGUAAUUUGCAUGAAGAAAAGAUGGAGAAAAAUGGGGCGGAGGGCGGGCUGCCUUCUGAGAAUUCGUAGGCGAAGUCGUGGCUGAACGGCGACAUGAAUAAUAUAGAGCUGGCGGGAUUUUCCAUGCACCGCCAGAACAGAGAAGUCUGGACGUCAACAAGUGACACCAUGACGACUGAGAUGCAGGAGAUCGCCAUUACGGAGGAGAAGCCUUUACUUCCAGGUCAGCCCGAUCCUGCAAAGGAUGCUGAGGCUGCAGCUCGAAUACUGUUGGACCAGGGCCAGGAACACAGUAUUGAGACACCUCAUGGUCUCCUCCACGUGACUCUCCAUGGAACCUCUAACACACGCCGUCCCGCCAUCCUCACCUUCCACGAUGUGGGCCUGGACAGUAAAAGCUGCUUCUCUCCUCUGUUUGAAUUUGAGGAGAUGCAGGAGAUAGUGAAAAACUUCACUCUGGUCCACAUUGAUGCUCCUGGCCAAGAGGAGGGGGCCGCCACCUAUCCUAUGGGAUACCAGUAUCCGUCCAUGGAGCAAAUUGCAGAGAUGAUCCCUGCAGUCCUGACAUAUUUCAAUUUCCGUUCUGUCAUCGGAGUUGGAGUGGGAGCUGGGGCGUACAUUCUCUCCAGGUUCACAAUGGCCCACCCAGACUCAGUUGAAGGUCUCGUUCUCGUCAACAUUGACCCUCAGGCUAGAGGGUGGAUGGACUGGGCUGCCCAGAAGAUCACUACCCUGACAUCCUCUCUCACAGAGCAGAUCUUGAGUCAUCUCUUCAGUCAGGAGGAGAUGUCAGCUAACGCAGACCUGGUGAAGUCACACAGAGAUCGCAUCUCUAAAGCCCCCAACCUCACCAACAUCGAGCUUUUCUGGAGGGGCUACAACAGCCGUAGGGAUCUGAUCCUUGACCGUACCAGCAACUUCAAGUGUCCUGUGAUGCUGGUGGUCGGGGAUCAGGCACCGUAUGAGGAGGCUGCUGUGGAGUGCAACAGCAAACUGGACCCAACAACAACCUCAUUCCUCAAGAUGGCAGAUGCUGGCGGUCUUCCCCAGCUUACCCAGCCCAGCAAAUUGACCGAGGCUUUCAAGUACUUCAUUCAGGGGAUGGGCUACAUGGCAUCAUCCGUCAUGACCCGUCUGUCUCGUUCGCGCACCACCUCACUGUCUUCCUCUUACUCCAUGGAGGGGGAGCGCGAGCGUUCUCGUACCCUGUCUCAGAGCUCUCAGGGUGGCCAGAUGCCCCCCAGCCCCUCCCAUACCAUGGAGGUGUCCUGCUGAAGAGAGAGAGACAGAGACAGAGAAUGGGUGUGUGUGAGAGAGAGAGAGAGGGGGAUGGAGGAUGGAAUGGAGAGAGAGCGAGGGAUGGGUAGAGGGCAGAGGACCAGCUGAGAGAGAGAAGGUUUUAUGGGAACAUGGAUGUAAAGGAGAGGUAGAGGGACAGAGGGAGAAUGAAAGACAGUUACUUAAACACUGUCAUCUAUUAAUCUCUUCACCCAGACAGCGAAGGGUAAAGGGAAUGGAUAAACGAAAAACGGGAAUGGAAGAAAGGAAGUUUUUAGGAACAAGGGAGGGAAUAUAAGGAAAAGGGUAGCAAGGAACGUGUGUUUUAGGGGUGUCGGCAGUCCUCUCUCCCCCUCUAUCAGAACAUCUGUUAGCCAAUAGAGCCUAUUAACCUAGAGUGGAAGUGGCCUGUAGUGAUCUCACCUUAGUGUUCACCAGUAGAAAUAAUUAUGAUAAUGAGAAAGAUUAUGAUGAUAUUAACACUAUUAAUAAUGACAAUGACAAUAAUGUCAUAGUAAUAUUAUUUAAAAAAUUAUCUUUAUUUUUAAAGCAUGAAAUACAAGGGAAAAAAGACUAUAGCAGAAAUACUUCAAAUGAAAAUGUGUGUCUGUCAACUCUUUUAAUAAAACAUGUUUGGUCUUU